AUGACGGCAGCUGCUGCCAAAGAGAUAUCGAUGAGCGAUGCUCUGACCGACCUGCCUACCGAGAAGAAACCUACGAUCAGCGCUGAUGCCGUUGCGGAGGAUGCUCGCUCUAUGCCAAGCAGUCGCAGCGAAGGCGGACGAUCGGCCACAGUCCCGUUCAAGCUCAAGCUGCUUUCCGUCGUCAUUGUAUCGUUGAUCGGCUUUGGCUCCCACUGGAGUAGCGGCGAGCUCGAUAUCAACAAUGCACAAUACGCUGUCCUCGAAGCCUCACAGGACUUCAUGGUCACUGCCUUGGUUCUUGUUACGGGUCCCGUCACAGAUCGAAUUGGUGGUGCUGGUGCCAUGGUCUGGGGUAACAUCAUCUACAGCAUCGGCUCGAUCAUCGUUGCCGCAGCUACUACCAUUCGGAGCUACAAGCUGAUGAUUGGUGGCAUUGUGAUACAGUCACUGGGCGACAUUGCUACUCAAGUUGCACAAUACAGAAUCUUCAGCUCGUGGUUCGGGCCAUCCCAUGGCUUUGCUGCAACUCUCGGGCUGGAACUGUGUAUUGGCAAGAUCGGAUCUUUUGUGGGACAAGCUACCGCCAGCCCGAUCGCCAGAGGGAUAGGAGACUUCAGCUGGGUGUACUGGACCGCUGUAUUCAUGAAUCUCUUCACGAAUGUGGCAGCAAUUGUCUUCUGGUUCUUCAGGAAGUAUUGCGAUCAGCACUACAGCGAUAUGGUCGACCCGGCUACAGGGGAGAAGCUCCGUGAGAACACCAAGAAGUUCGAGGUCAGCAAAGUCCUGCGACUUCCUUGGCCGUUCUGGGGCUUCAUACUCUUCUCCGCCUUUCAAACGUCCACCGCAGUCGUCUUCUCGCAGAACGCAACUGAGCUUGCCGAGCAGCGCUUCAACGUCGAUAGCGUCAAAGCAGGAUGGUACUCUGCAACAUCAAUGUUCAUCGAUAGGUUCGGGAACCGACUAAGCGUCGUCUUCGUCUGCGGGACUGGUGUCUUCAUCUCCAUGUGUCUCGCAGCUUUCGGACCCGACAUCAGCGGCACUGCGGCAAGCUUUGGUGUUUACGCUUGCUCGUUCAGUCUUGGGCCCACUUCCAUCAUCGAUGGUGGUCGCACGGCGAUCUGGUAUCAGGACACUUUUGGAGCUGGUUAUGCUGUUAAGAUUGCCGUUAACAACUCGAUGAACAUUAUCGUCCGGAUCAUCACAGGCGUGAUACAAGACAACGACAACAAUUCCUAUGACCACGUUUGGAAGAAGAAGCAGCGCCUAAGGAAAGGUGAAGUCAUCAAUCUCCAGCGAGAGGAGUAUGAGUGCGGCGCCAGAGCGAAGUGGAAUAAGAAGAUCAGCUUGGGCUUCUUUGCGGCAUUAAUCUUGCUGAUUCUUGGUGCUUGGGCUGCAUACUUCUGGGGUGUUGCAACUGGAAAUAAUGAUUAG